AUGGUUUAUCAGGGUGUGGCUGCUGCACAUGCUACAGCUUCUUGGAGCCACGGAGGAGAAAAGUCAAAGAAUGAAAUGGCUGGAGAAAAUCAGAGCCCAACCUUAGAGUUCCUGCUCCAAGAGUUCCUGUUGGAUGGAGAACAAGAAGUUCUCUUUUUGUUGUUCUAUGCCAUAAUUCUUAUGAGAGAAUUGGGUCCAAUCUUGCAGCUAUGCCAGUAUAUCCCCUGUGUUCAGCACUGUUUCCUCAGCUCUAGCUUUUAUGUGGAUCUCUGCUAUUUCUCCCAAAUACUUUCUACUUUGGCACUGAGCUGGGCGGCCGUUAAGUUUGUUCAUAGGUAUUUCCCAAGUGCUUCCAGUCCCACUGAACAGUUUUCCCAGGUAUCGAUGAUUUAUGACCCUCAUGUAUCUGUCUGUCAACCUCUUUGCUACUAUUCAUUAAUUAUGUCCAAGAGAGCCUGCAGUCACCUGGCAAUGCCCUUUUUUGCCCAUGGUUUUCUCAGCACAAUAAUAUACUCUGUUUCAACUUCUCAGUUAUUUUUCUUUGACUCCAAUAUCCUCCAUGUCUUGUCUUGCCCUGACCCAAAGAUACUCACCCUAGCCUCUUUGGACACUUGCCCUCAAGGAAAUCAGCUAUUUAUUAUUGGGACAGUGAGUUUUGCCAGCUCUCUCCUGACUGUCCUCAUCUCCUUUGUUUGUAUCCUGACUGUCUUCUUCAAGAUCCUGUCCUCCAAAAGGAGGUUCAAAGCUUUCUCUAGCUGUGUCUCUCACCUCUCACUCGCCUCUUUAUUCUGUGAGACUUCCUUCUUUGAGUGGGUAAUACAGUUCAUUUCAACCUCUCCUCUGAAUUGUGAUCAAAUUGAAUGA